AUGUCCAUCGCCACCUCGACGCACAUCCAUCCUCCUCCCUCCAUCAACGAAGCUCGAUACACCUCCAGCUCCGCCGGUCCAUCCCGCCUGCCCGCACCUCUCCCCUUCCCACACCACCAAUCAGGCGAGAUGCCUCCGCCCAGCAGCACGCAGCCUUCCCGGAAGCGCAAGCUUGCCCCGACGGCAGCCUCGCCUAUGCCUUCCUCACCCUCCAGCUCCUCUGCAGACGCGCAAGAUGGGGCGUACACCCCGGUACAGGCGACAGGCCGAGGCGGAACCAAGCGGACCAAGGCUGGAGCGAGUCAAGCCGCAGCUGGUAGUAGCUCGGGCGGGGCUGCUCGCGGCGGGUCGUCUGGAAAGGGAAUGAGUAGGGAGGCGCUGCGUAAGCAGAAUCACAGUCUGAUCGAGCGGAGACGGAGGGAGAAAAUUAAUCACGCGCUGGGCGAGCUGAGAGAUAUGGUGCCCGGUCUAGGCGAUGCUGAAGGUGGGAAAGGAGGAGAGUUCAAGCUUGAAGUACUGGAGAGGACGGUCGAUCAUAUGAAGGAUCUCAAGGCGCAUAUCCAGGACCUGGAGGCACGUCUAGCCAAAUCACCGUCAGCCGGAGGAUCAUCCUUCGCCAACUCUAGCCAAGUCAAGGCCAAGUCAUCCACCUCCACUUCGAGCUCCACCACCACCGGCAAAAAGCCGUCUCCCGCUCCGCGCCACUCGGCCUCCCCACCUACUCCAUCACAAAGCCCCGACCCCAACGAAACCGACGCCGAGCCAAACCUCCCUCCCGCGUACACGCUCGCAGCGCGACCCUCCCCUCCCCAGCUCCCAUCUUCCACUCACUCGUCACCGUCAUCACCUGCUCGCCAUACCAUGGAGGCACCGUCCAUCACCUCCCUCCUGGCAUCCCUCCCGGACCGUCAGCAACCCGUCCCGUCCUCGCGCCCUCAGCCCGCAUCAUCCCAGGCAUACAACCCUACGCUGUACCUCCCAUUCCCGACCCCCUCCCCGACAUCCCCCUUCCUCAGCUACGGCAGCCACUCGCAUUCCAGCUCUGCGGCGUCAUCUGGUCCACCCGAGCCCAGUCCAUUCAUCGCUCCGCUCCAGGGCAUCGCACUCUUUGGCGGUGCGCUCUCCCUCGACAAUCCCUCCCCCGCCGAUGCUUUCGUCACCCAUAAUCCAGUCAGCGCGGGAGGACGAGCAGGGAAAGGUGGAGAUACGAGCAAGGAGCAGGAAGAUGCCGCCAAUGUCCUCUUGGCGUUCUCAUCACCGGACGUGAUGCGGCCAAUGGGUUACAUGACCCCGCUGGUCGCACCGGCCGAGGCGUCCGGAGUCAGGGAACGGCGGGGCACUCUGGACAGCGAGGACUUUGUGCUGGAUGGGGGUGUCGCGAGCAGGGGUAUGAGUGGAACCGACAGGAGGACUCAAGGCGAAGUUAGAGGCAAAACGGCGAGGGACAUACUGCGGAUGUGA